AUGCUAGCUAACUCUUCCACCAUUGCGCAGAUCUCAAUUGACGUGAGAAAUGGAGAUUGUCUACCGCCGAAUUCACUUUGUGAAAUUCGAAAACUUUCCAAUGAUAUUCAUGCAGUCAACUCAGACAACGAGAAAUAUAUUCUUUGUGCACAUGCUGCGCACCAUAGCGAUUUCAUUGAACCAAUAUACUUCGACAACCUUUCGAAAUUACUAAUUGAGACAGACGAAACAAUACGUCAGUGUGUGCUAUGGGCAUUUACGUCGACGAUGGCAUGUUCCGUUGCUCUCACUCCAACGAACAUUGAUCUUGUAUACAAUUUACUGACAGAUAAAUCAUUAGGAUGGAGCGCUUCAUUCUUCUUUCGCAAACUAUCGGAGAAUGAAGAGUACACUAAAAUGAUUUCCGAUGGAAUAUGGAUAUCAAUGAUAGAUUUACUAUUCGAUCAAAAAAUGGACGAACAAGUUUGUAUAAUUAUUGUUCAGACAAUAAGCAACAUUUUUAGAAGCAGGAAGUCAAUAUCGAAUGAAAUUAAACGACGCUUGCAGAUAUUGAUAAUGAGUGACAAUGUAUCCGAAAAGUUGCUUCUUGCUGCCAUACAUGCACUAAAAAUGCUAGUGAUUGAUGAAGAACAAUUGGAACCAGAAACAUUGAAACGCUUACAAGAAUUGAUGAUAAUGAGUAAUGAAACAGUGGCGGAGUGUGCGCGCGAAUUUCAUUAUAUCCUACAUGAUAAACAAACUCUGUCCAACGUACAGCAUCAUACACGGAGUUCUCAAAUGAAAUCUGAACUUGUUGCUACUCAGAAUAUAUUAAUCUCUCAUUCUAAGGAAGAAUUCAUCGAGCCCACGAACGAACUUCUACCGCUAGACUAUCUGAUCAGUCAAGAUGAUCAGACUGAUCAAACAUUUAAUCAGGAACAUCAAUCGAAAGUUAUUCGAUCAGGUGACCAUCAACCAUUUUAUUAUACGAUGAUGAUGAAGAUCAAGAAUCUUCAUCAUGUAGCUAGACAAGGAGAGCUGACACUGAAGGACUUUUUUUAUUUAACACGAAAGCUUAAAAAAGACAGUUAUACAUUUUUAACAUUAGAAGACACAUCUACUGUACACGAAAGAAUCAUAGAAGUUCUUCGAAGUUCUGCUGAAGUUGAACAAAAUAUACCAAGAUACGUUGUCGACACAAUAAUCGAUUGCUUGACACCUGAGACAAAAAAAUUAAAUCGCUUAUGUGUUGACUGCCUCUUGAUCAUUCUGGGCAAGCAACAUCAGCUUGAAAAUGUAUACAUUGAUAAAAUCGAACAAAUAUUGAUGACAACCAACGAUAUGGAAGUAAAACAAAAGCUUAUCGAGAUAUAUGCUGAUUGCGCAUCAAAAGGUCACCACGUACAGCUUGAUCUUGAAUCGAUUCAACAAAAUCUACAGAGUAAGACAUCUUGUGUGAAAGUCAGUUAUCUUUUUUUCAAAGCUGUUGCAGUGGAAAAGCGAACAUUGUCACCUGAACAAAUACUUAUUUUGACAGAUGUAGCAAUGUCAAAGCAUUAUCUUUUGAAAGCACGUGAAAAUUGUUCAUGGGCUCUAGCAUACAACAUAAAGGAAACGAAAGACAAAAAAUCUUUUUCAUCAAAACUGCUAGAUGACCUCGGACUAAUGUUAGAAGAUCCAGCUGAAACGAUUAGACAUUCAUCAGCUCUGGCUGUAUGCUACUAUGCUGAUGAUAACAACUGUGAUGUACCAGAUAAUAUACUUGAACGGUUGGCAGUUGUCUCACUCAAAAGCGAUUCUCAUAUAUCAUGUAACAUAUUAUCUGUCUACUUGAAAUUAACUAAAAGGAAAUAUUUGCCUACCGUUAUUCUUGACAAUAUCUGUAACCUCAUCUACCAUCCAGAAUUUGAUCUUCGAUACCGAAGUAUAUGGAUACUUAAAUGUGCUGUAGAUAAUGGUCAAGAAUUAACGUCCAAUAUAUUAAAAAUAAUCGACUACUGUUUGAAAAGCUCUGAAUCUGGUGUUUGUAAUACGGCAGGAAUGAUUUUUGUUAACUAUUGGCGUCAACGAAUAGUGCGUAAUGAUCGUGACCUCGCGUUUGCUUUGUCAAGUAACAUAGAAAACUUGGUAUUCAUUUUUCGAAAUCGUUUGGAAUUGAAUGUACGUCGUGAAGCUCUUCAUCUACUCAAAUUGCUCGUUGAUAAAAACUACGAUCUGACCAACACACUUUUGCAACUUAUAGAAUACUGUUUUUAUGAUAGUGACGCAUCGAUUUCGAUAUGUGCAGUGAAUAUUUUAACGUCCUAUUCAAAACAACAUAUUUUACCAACGAGAACAAUUAUUUGUUUGGAAAAUUUGUUGACCACUGAAACAGCAAAUGUAGCUGAUAUUUUACCUGUUUUGAAGAAAGUUGUCGAUCAAGGUCACAUGCUGUCAGAAAAAUCAAUCACGCAUCUUGGCUAUUUACUACUCAAGAUCGACGAUCCGAAUAACGUAGUUAUAUUGCUUUCACAUGUUGAUCGAUAUCAACCACUUUCGAAGACCGUCAAUGAUCUCCUUCGACAAGACUAUUAUACAAAAAUUCUUCGCUACUCCACCUGUGCUAGAAGUUUAGACGAAGCCAUAUCUGGAUUCAUCAAUCUAACUGCUAAUGGCACACAACUAUCUCAAUCUGUUCUGGAUUCUUUAUUUUUUUUAUUAAAAUCGUCCGAUCGACAAAUGAAACUUAUGCCUAUUGUCGUCAAUGUAACAGAAAACGGGCAGCAGUUAAAGAACAAUGAGCAUAUUUGUACACUUACUCGAAUCUUUUUCGAUUCGGACGAUAAAUCAUUGAUUGAUUUGGUACGAAUUUUUCGAAACUUAAGUCGCAUGAACCAAGUCAUUCCUGAUCCUGUUAUAGAAUUUUUAGAAAAUUUCUUGGUUAAUUCAUUACUUACUGGUUAUAUCAUUGAAAUUUUUCAACAUUUAAUCGAGCGACAGAAACUGAAAAACCAAUCAAUCAUUGGUAAAGUUUUAAAAAUGCUACAUUUUAGUGAAUCUACCGUAAUGAAUACCGAGAUUUACUAUAGACUCGUACGUUUUUGCAAAGUCGUCGCUAACAACCAACCAAAUGAAAUCGAUCAAGCUCGUAUACUUUCAAUGCUUCAAUUCACUCAAUCAGCAAUCGUUCGCAAAGAUGGAUGUACACUUGCCAAAGCCUUAGCUGAACAUGGCCAAACUUUAACAACAUCAGUUAUGGAUGCACUCGUUCAUAUAUUGAAUAAUGAUACUGACAUUAAUAUUCAAGAGUAUGCAUUAACAGUUAUGAAUCUAGCAAAUUCGGACAAUCAAAAUAUGGAUAAUGAUUUUGUACAGAUGCUUGACACGAUUGAUCACCAAAAUACAACAGACGACGAAUUUCUAUUAGAAAUAUCAAGAAAAAUCUCUCGAACGAGUUUAAAAUUAUCUGAAAAAGAUCUGUUGCGAUUGUCACAUAUGCUUUACACUUGCAAUAUUGAUUCAAAACGGAAAGCGGCUAGCUACAUCGUAUCAGUUGCUGAAAAUGGCAGAAAGCUUCUAGAUGAAAUAUUUCAUAUUAUAUAUGCCACUCUUCGUGAUGAUACUGUUAAUAUUUAUACUAUCAAAUUACUGCUCAGGUCAUCUGUAAAACAGCCGGCGUUUUUAAUUAAUGACCUCUUAUAUCUGGUCGUUUAUUCAAUGCAUAGUGUUGUGCGAGAAAAAGCUCAAAAAAUACUUGCAGAUCAUGGCGACAAUCCGAAAGUGCAAUUAUUCUUUAACACCGAACGAAAUCCAGAAAAUCUAGAUAAAAUGGUAUCAAACUAUGAUGUUUAUCUUAUAGAAAAGUUAUCAUCAAAUAAUGAAAAUGAAAUAUUCAUGGCUUUAAAAGUCAUACAAAAUAUGAUAACCGUAGAGAAACAAAUUGCGUCUGAUCUUCUUCUUGCCGUGACUUUGAAACUCAACACUCAUAACGACAUUGUUGCAGACAUACUUUGUGCAACAAUGAUUCAUAGAAGUAGAAUAGAAGAAGAUAUUUACCAAGAAAUUGAGAAAACUUUUCUUAUUUAUCAAACACCAAAAAUGAUGAAUCUCAUCCGAAUAUUGGCAGAACAGCAAAUCGAAUUGGAAUCAAAGACAAUCAAAACUGUCUUCAAUAUUCUCUGUAGGAGAACAGAUGAAAAAGCAUUAUGCAGGGACGCAGUCAUAAUUAUGGAACAAAUAGCUCGACAUCAGCUUUUAUCAAAAGAAAUUCUUUCCUAUUUCGUUGAACGAAUUUCUAAUGAGUCCAAAGAAGAUAUUCAGACUAGUUUUAAUGUUAUACGCUAUCAAAUCCUACAUAGUCAAAUGGAUGAUAUGCUUGACUCAUUACCGAUAAUCCCACUUCCGCAAGGAAUUGAUAACCAAAGAUUGUUUCAACUGAAAACAUUCGAACAAUAUCUUGGUACCGUGCAAACUUUACUUUUUGUAGAUUCCUUUAAUCCAACAGUAUUAAACUGGCCGGCAGAACGAUGGUCACGUGAAUGUCUGUGCUUCGAUUUACUGAAAAGAUAUCAGGAUGCAACACCUGAUUCAGUGUACAUUUUCUACCAUCAAUUGACUCUACUCGAAAUAUCCAGACAAUACGGAUUUUAUAGCGAUGUGCGUGAUUUGAUCUUACAAACGCUUAUUCAAAAACAAUGUACGUAUUCCUUAGAUCUAGGGACCAUCAGUGAUUUAUUGAUUUAUCUAACUAUAUUAAAAAAUAAUCCAUUACAAAUGCUACAAGCAAACGAACCUAACUGGUUACUUAAUAUGCGUCGAUAUUAUGUUCGAGAGAAAAUGAGUCAAUAUUUAAGCGACAGUAUAUUUUCAAAGUCAAUGAUCGAUCAUAUAGUUGAUCGAAUUACUGAACAAGAAAAUCUUCCAGCAGAGUUGAUCGAAUUGUUUCUCCAAACGGCGAUUAAGCCUGAGCACAUUCUGAUAUUUCUCCAUCUUAUGAGUGAUUACGGAUUGACGAAAAAUGAUGUUACAAGCUUAUUUGCUAGUCUAAAAGUCACAUCAGGUUUUAAAACCUUAAAAAAACAGAUGGAAUGUUUUAUUCUAAAUCGGACAUUGGCAUCUCGUUGGUUUGGUUCUCCAAAUGAUCUAGCACUUGGUCGAGUGUAUUUAGAAGCUUUGCUUAACAACGGAUGGACUUUUGUAAGACUCAAUGAUAUGCUAAAGGCGAUUAAAAUCGAUUCCGACACAUUUGAUACUUUCAAGGAAUUUCUUGUCUGUUUGAAAAUUAUCGUCGAUUAUGAAAUGAACGAAAAUAGUGAGACUGAACUAAACACAAUAUUUUCUACCAUAGGUCAUCAAUUGUGGCGAUCAAAGGUUCAUUCUAUUGCCAUAGAAAAUCAAUUUGGUUUGACAAGUUCUGAGAAAAAUCUUUUCAUGCUAUUAACUGAAAUCGAUCAUGUCAAUAAAACAAGGUUCUUGACUGAAUUAACUCAAACAAUGAGUACUAUCGAUCAAGCGUUCAGAUGCGACUCGUCGGUCCUUCGACAAAACAAGCCAAUUAGUGAAUGGACAAUAUCGCACAUUCAAAAAUGGGCUCAACAAUUUUUGCUUCAGCAAUCGGAAAAACUAAGUGGAGUAAGACUAUAUGAAAUAAUGGCAGUCAUUAAACGUGCUAUUUAUCUUGAUUUGAACGUUGAACCACGUGCUAUUCAAUUAGUAUCAGUUUUAAUCGUUCUUGAUUCGAAUCAUCAACGGGGACGUUUACUACAAAUAUUGACCGGAGAAGGGAAAUCAACGAUUGUAUCUAUCUUAGCAGUGAUCAAAGCGCUAGAACACAAAAAAGUCGAUAUAGUAACAAGUUCGAUGGUAUUAGCCAAGCGAGAUGCAAGAAAACGACAAAUAUUCUAUAACAUGUUCAAUUUAACUGUCGCAUGCAAUGAUGACGUCACCAGCUACGUAUCGGGUCAAAAAGCAUGUUAUCAAGCGGAUAUUGUUUAUGGUACUUGUAGUCAGUUUCAGUUUGACAUUCUGCGUCAUGAAUACAGCCUGUUGGAUACACGUAAAGAUCGAGGCUACGAUGUAGUGAUUAUUGAUGAAGUCGACAGCAUGCUUAUCGAUGAAAACAGUACUAUCGCUCGUCUCGCCGAUCCUUUACCAGGUAUGGAGUACCUCAAUCCAUUGUUAUACGGCAUAUGUCAAAGCGUGAAUAAUGAUGAAGAAGUAGAAGCAAAUCGAGAUGGGAUUGUUGAGCAAAUUAAAGAUCUGAUUAACAAUCCAAAACCUGCAAUAAAAAUACCUUGCCAUCUGCAUGAUUUUGUCCAUCAAUCAAUUCCCUCAUGGGUUGAUCAUGCUAUCCGUGCCAAAAUCGAAUACCGACUGGAUCAUCAUUAUUUGAUCAAAACAGAUGAAAUAGGUGUGAAACGUAUUACACCUAUCGAUUAUUCUAAUACAGGCGUCAUACAAUGUAAUACUACAUUUAGUAAUGGUGCACAUCAAUGUCUUCAGAUAAAACACGGAUUAAAAAUGACUCCUUUAACUGUUACUACAAAUUAUAUGUCUAACGUAGGUCUGUUUACCCGCUACAAAAAUCAAAUUUAUGGAUUUACUGGUACUCUUGGCUCCGAAAGUGCCAAAGAUCUUUUACGAAAAGUUUAUAACGUGGAUACAAUUGUCAUACCGUCUUUCAAAGAGAAACGUCAUUUCUCAUUCAAUGCUAUACUGACCUCAACAGAUGAAGAAUGGUUGGAGACAAUUACUUCAAAUACGGUGAAUAAUAUGGACCUUAACCGGGCAGUGUUAAUCAUUUGUGAAACAAUACUUGAUGCUAAAACAGUUGCCAAAGCAGUUCAACGUGCUUACCCGACUGGCACAGUCCAUCUGUAUACAGAUAAUACUGAUGCUAUUGAACCUAACGUCAUUUCAAAUCGAAUUCAACCUCGACAGAUUAUUGUUGCGACAAAUUUAGUUGGUCGUGGAACAGAUCUACAGACUAGUCCAGAUGUCGAAAAUAGCGGUGGUCUUCAUGUUUGUCUGACAUUUUUGCCAGACAAUUUGCGUGUAGAACAGCAAGCACUUGGUCGAACAUCUAGACAAGGCAAUCGAGGCACAUCGCAGAUGAUUCUACGUUUACAUCGUUUACAACUUCAAAUGUCCUAUCCAGAGUAUGCAUGUGGAAAUGAAAAAGAUCUCACUGAUCCCAUUCGUUUUAUAUAUGAAUGGCGAGAAAAGGCUGAGUGCGCUCAUUUAGAUCGAAUUUUGGAAAGAGAAGUUCCAGAAAUCAAAGAAAAAGAUGAUUUAUUUCGACAAUUUUGUGAUCUUCUUGGUAAACUACGAACGCAGGAUAAUGACUUCUAUAAAUUACUCAGCGUGAAAGAGCGAUGGGCUCUUUGGUCAAAAUCAGUAGAACAUGCACAUCAAGCGCGACAAGCAUUAGAAAAGAAAAUAAUAAACGCAGGAUUUCGACUUGUAGACAUACCUCGUGAUGCCAAUAGUGCACAACAUACAUGUUUCAUCGGCUAUGAAGUCAAUACACAUUAUGUUCCAGUUGAACCAUUGGAUCCAGGUAAUGAACUAGCAGAAGCGUAUCUGGGCGACGUUGAUGUUGACGACGUUGAAAUACUAACAUUAGCGUCAGAGAACAAAAUUAAAUCUAUUGUAUCCACAGGUUUACAUAACUUGUGGACAGACAAAAAACAACAGAAACUUCACGAUUUAUUAUCAGUAAGAACCGUCAGUACCGAUCUAAAAACUGGCUUUAAUGAUUUCCAAAAUCAGAUCCUAGAAGAAUACAAGACCAAUAAAAUCAUCAAAAAUCCUUAUUACCUCAUUCUAGAAGCUAAUGAAACGAUUGCUAAACUUGCAUCAUGGUUGAGCCAUAUGCGAUCGAUUACCAGCCAUGUAUUUGGUAACGAAAAAAUGAAAUCUAUAGACGAUGCUAUCGCCAAGUUAAAACAAGCGAUAGAGCUUGACCCUGUAUUUGCGUUUAGUGCAUCGGUUACUCUUGCUUAUCUCGCUAUCCACAAACAUGAGCCGAAGCAUACUUAUAAAAUUGAUGCUAAAUCGUAUUUAGUUCAAGCUCAAAAGAAUCUUGAACAGUUUAUUUUACCACAACUAUAUAGUAUGCAUCGAGAAACAAACGAAAAUAAUGCUCAAGAUUUUUUUUUCGAUGAUUUUGGCAAACAAACACAGAUGAAAAUCGAAAUACUGGAAUUGUAUCAACAUUAUGUUAGUCAAGCAAUCGGCAUAAUAGAGAGUUCACAGAAAUUGGUUGAUGUUUCCUCAACAAAUAAUGGAACAGUGCUCAUGGGAAAGAAAAUGUAUGGUAAUGAGAUUAAAAAGUUUAUUCAAAAACAUCAAGGUACCAUUGAGCUAAGUUUUCACGACCUUACAGUUCACAACGACAUUAUAAAACAUGAUCAAGCUCUUAACCUACUUGCUUUAUUACCUGAUGAUUAUAAACAUAUAUCAAUUAAUAUUAUGAAUGGUAAUCGUGAAACUAUAGAUGAAAUAUUUUCAGAGACAAAUCUAUCUACUCUAACCUUAACUAUUCCAUAUUUGAACGGCGAUGAACUCAUCAAUCUUGUUCAAGAGAAUUUUGUUGAUCUCACUCUUACUGGAUCCAUCGAACAGUACAAGCGUGCUAUCAAUAGUUACCCUAGCGUAGUUGUUCUGGAGACGGAUUUAAAGAGAGAACGAUUAUCACAAAAUGAUGGGAUACAAGCUAUCAAGCUUGAAGGCAAUGUUAUCAAGUCAGUAUGUUUUGAAUCAAUUGAUUUACAAAUCGCAAAUACGAUUGUGAAAAAUGUUGAAAAAGUACGUUACUCAUUGACAUUCAAUCAAGUACCAAUCUCUCAAAUGCGUGAAAUGAUUAAAACUGUUCCAAAAUCAUUUUCAUGUAAAUUUCAGAACCUGACGAAAUGGGCUGCAUAUAAUUUUGUUAAGAACAGUAACGAAUGCAGUUUCAUCUUAAGCUUAUCUGAAUUGACAAAUAACCAUGCAUGUGAUAUUCUGGAAAAUUUUGAUCGAAAUGAACACGAUGUCAAUGCUAGUUUAAAAGCCAUCACCGAGCAUUUUAUGUCUAGUGAUCAGUUAUACGAAGAACUUAAUAUAUUCAAAAAUUUGGGUGUGAGUCAGUUAAUCGUCAUCAAUGAGCUUCAUUCACGGCCUUGGAUUAGCGUCUCCACUGUAGCCCUACUUGGCAUCGGCCAAAUUAUCGGCGGUGUAUGCUUAGGAGCUCUGUCUGGUUGUGUUGGCGGUUCUCUAGCUCUGUCUUUAAUCUACGAAGGCGUCAGCGACAUUUACUAUGCCAUCAAAGGAGCGAUCUCUCGACAACUCUCAUUUAGAGAUUACGCUAUUCAAAAAGGUAUUAGUCUUUCUAUUUGUUUCAUUUCGAUCGGAUUGUCUGCAGUGAGUAAAGGGGCAAAAGCUGUUCAGACCGGUACACAAAGUACCAUGCAAUUAUUGAAACAAACAGCUCAAGAAGCUAAGGGAAUUUUGAAAAACGGUGUUCGUGUGCUUACGAAAGGUGCCAUUCAAGGAACUGCGAAAGUUAGUUGGGUUUUAGCAUGCGAAAAAGUUGGUAUAACUUGUGUGACAACUGGUAUUAGAGAAAUCGCCAACUAUUCUCUAGAUAUCACAACUAAUAAGGUUUUAUCGUCAGCCCGAUCAACCAUUUCUGAUGAAAUUGAGCGUAUUAUCAAUACUGAACGGGACAAUGAAGUCUAUAAUCGUAUAUUGAACCGAGCUCUGUCUGCUGAUGCAUAUUUCGAAAACGAUCGAUGGGCACUAGAAAUAGAAGAACUUGUGAUAAAAAUCUUGACAAAGCAAAAGAAUGGAUACGUCGAAAUAGCUAAAUCGCUUGGAAAAGGAUUUGGAAAUGUACUUCUCAAUCACACGAAACAGUUCGCAGCAGAAAAACAAAAGAAAAACAUAAACGAUUUUCUCAAUAUCGGUCAAACAUUACAUUCAGUAUAUCGAAUAACAAGGAAUAGUUAUGAAAUACUCACAAUUACAAACACAUUUUUGGACACUUUCAUGAGGGAAUUAACUGAACUCACACCGAAAAUACCAACUUUUCAAGAUCUUCUUGUAAGUGCUUCAAAUCGAUCGAUUUCCUUAGAGAUGGCUGAAAAAGCUCACCAACUCCUAGUAGACAGCGAUAUUCUUACCAAGAAUGGUGCUAUCAACGCUCGGUUCCAUAAGCUCGAAGAGACUUGCGAUUUUGUCGGACAACAUUGUACUUCGCAUGAAUAUAUUGAUGAACCUGUUCGGAGUUUUAAAGGAAAACUGGUGAAAGAAGUGCAACAAAUUGAUUUUGCCAGUAAUGAUAUCAAAAACUAUGUACUGAUCGUCUUGAAUAAGCUUAUUACAUUCAAUAAAAAAUCCUUACGCAUGUCCAUAAUUCACAAGAAGAUUGUUCAACAGCUAGCUGACCAAAUUAUUUUGAUCUUACAUGCCAAUGUUAUGGCACAUUUAACCACUUAUAUUGCACAAGUGAUUGAUUCAUUCUCGGACAAAAUACAAUUAAAGCUCAGUUCGAAAGGUACAGUGAGUCAACAGUUGAUGGAAAAUUGUGCAUUAAGAGAGAUAAAUGUUCUUUCUAAUGAUUUGGUGCGAGAUUAUCAGAGUGGAAAAAUUCAACUAGCAGCUGACGCUGUAAAAAAACUGCAUGAUCUUAAGAAAAAAAGCAAAGAUGAAAAUUUCAUAUCAAAGAACUUUACGGAAGAACUAGCUCUUCGAGUUUCUGAUAAUAAACCAGGUACUAUAAUUGAAAUUGGUAUCCUUGCGGCUUUAACUGGCGUACCCAUCUGUGUUAUUCCACACUACACAAACAACGAAUUGUCUGAAGAGAAAAAUGUUAAUCGAAUAGAAUAUAGCGAACCGUACACAGAUGAGUUCGUGAAUGGCCAUUAUGGAACAGCAAUGGAUGGUGUGGUCACCGAUGGUCGACAAGAUUGCAUGUAUGCUGCUAUGUUAAGGAAAUCAUCUAAUCGUUAUCAGUCAAUACAGGACAUGCGAACUACAUGUGCCGCAUUUAUUUUGACUAAUCCUGAUUAUAUUGCAAGUGUUUUACCUGCGAUCGAUGUUAUUUAUGCAAAUCCAAAUGUACUCCGACAAAAGCAGAUGAUGAUGGAAGGUGGCUCGCUUAGAAACGAGCAAAACUAA